GUCUCUCUUCAGCUGCUGCUCUAGCAACCCAUCCUCUCGCCUUUCCGUGGACCGGGAUGUGGUGGAGCCCCACCCCCGGGUUAUGCUCGGAGGCUGUUGCAGGGGGGAGACCGCUUACCCGACCUUCUCCCUGUCCGAGCCCCGGGAGACCCUUCCCCCGCCCAGCGGGAUCUCCUUCCCUCCGCAUCUUUUGCGAUCGCUUCUUCCUCCUCCCCUGCCUGCUGGGCUCCUCCCCGCUUCUGCUCCGCCUGCCGCCGCCUCUUGCUUUGUUGAUGUUUCACUUUGUUUUAGUUCCCGUCUCCCAAGAUGGAGGCGGCGCUGGGGCCACGCGAAUUGCUCUCGCUGAUCUCGGGGUUUCUCCUGCUGCUGCCCCACUGCCUGGCUGCUCCGGACCCCACAGCCGCGUCUUUCCAGCUCGUUAGCCAGGAAAGCAUCAAGAUUAAUGUUACUUUGUUGGAAAGCAAUGGGGAUGUGCAGGAAAGACAGGUUGUCCUUAAUAUUACAUAUAUUAAUGGCCAGGUGCAUGUAAAUGACUUUCCGCUAAAAAGUGGGGUUGCCCGGAUAAAGUGUCAGACUGCCAUAUUGGAGAGUGGAAACUCCGACAGCCAACUGGAUCAGACGCGAUUAGGAAUUGUUAGCGUUCGCAUUAUGGUCCAUGAGUGGCCGAUGGCAUCCGGCUCCGAAUUGCAGUUGAUUGUUGUUCAGGAGGAAGUGAUAGACAUUGAUGGCAAGCAGGUUCAACAAGAUGAAGUGACUGAAAUAGAUAUAUUAGUAAGGGACUUAAGAGUCCUAAGGCACUCAAGUUACACGGUUCCUUUGAAGGAAAGCAUGCUGUAUUCCAUCCCCAGGAACAGUGAUGUCUUAUUCACACUUCCAAACAUUGCAGGACAAGCAGAGAUUGAAAGUCCACUGCAAACAACCAGUCAGUAUCCUCUCAGGCAAGCAGAGACUACUGUAGAUGAAAAGACAUUGCCCAGCAAAUUACCAUUGACUCCUGUCACAACACAGCCCCCAUCCUUUUAUAAGGAAAGUAUCAAGAUUAAUGUUACUGUUUUACAAAACAAUGGGGAUGUGCAGGAAAGACAGAUUGUUCUUAAUAUCUCUUAUGUUAAUGGCCAAGUAUACGUAAAUGAUUUUCCACUGAAAAGUGGGGUUGCUCGGAUAAAGUGUCAGACUAUUAUAUUGGAGAGUGGAAACUCCGACAGCCAACUGGAUCAGACGCGAUUAGGAAUUGUUAGCGUUCGCAUUAUGGUCCAUGAGUGGCCGAUGGCAUCCGGCUCCGAAUUGCAGUUGAUUGUUGUUCAGGAGGAAGUGAUAGACAUUGAUGGCAAGCAGGUUCAGCAAGAUGAAGUGACUGAAAUAGAUAUAUUAGUAAAGGACUUGAGAGUCCUUAGGCACUCAAACUACACUGUUCCUUUGAAGGAAAGCAUGCUGUAUUCCAUCCCCAGGAACAGUGAUGUCUUAUUCACACUUCCAAACAUUGCAGGAAAAGAGAUUGAAAGUCCACUGCAAACAACCAGCCAGUACCUUCUCAGGCAAGUGGAAACUACUGUAGAUGAAGAGACACUACCUGGCAAAUUACCAGAGACUCCUCUUAGAACAGAACCUCCAUCCUCUUACAAGGUAAUGUGCCAGUGGGUAGAAGACUUGAGGAAAAAGCUCUGCAUAUUCUGGCUUCAAUCUUUUCCAGUAUUCUUUAAUUUUAUGGAAGUCAUUGUGGUUGGAGUUGUAGGAGCAGCUUUAAUCCUAAAAGUCCUAAAAUGUGUUUGUCCCUCAUGUGAACCCAAGGGAAUCCAUCUUGAUGUUGAUGUCAGUGUCAUACCUGUGGUUGCAAUCAGUUUACUGCCAGAUAUCCCAGAAAAGUCAAACAAUAUAGAGAAAUGUAUUUAAAAGACAAGUUUACCUUAAUUGUAAAAUAUUAACCUGAUGUUUGGCACUUGAUUCUUAAUAUAUUGUGUACUGCUGCCUGUUGAGAAAAACCUAUGAAAUAUCAGUGUGUUAAAGGACACUUACUGUAAGCCUAAGGCCCAAAAGAAUUCACCUUGUUUCUUUUAAUUCCAACCACCCUAAUAUGUUUUUGACAAAAAAAAGGUAGCAAGUGUUUCCUUCUAUAGGACUUCAGUAAGUUCUAACUUCUAUGAAGUAGUUUCCCAACUCCUUAUAUUAAAACAAACAAACACUGGUUUCAUGAACCUGCUCUGCCAACCCAAAUACAGUCUUGGAAACUAUUCUUACAGGUUUCAGUAAGAGAUACCUCCAUGUAAAAUUUCCUAAUAAAUGUGUGAUUAUACUUUACAGCCUUAAGCUCCAGAGUAAUGGAAAAAUAAGUGGUUAGACCCCAGUAACAUGGAACACAAUGUGAAUGGGAUGGUUGAGACCUGUAAUACAAAUAAACUAGGCCUACUAUCCUUGUGUGUGCCUUGUGAGAGGAAACAGGUGAAGAAGUCAAGAGGAAGAAAGAUUUCAUAUAGCUCUUACAAUAGGUUGUUGCAAUACUUCGUUUGGUGUACAAAAGGCAAGCACUUUAUUCAAUCACUGAAAAUGUCUUCUCCCCACUAAAAGUUGCAAGCACUUGUCAAACAGUGUAAAUGCACAAAUGCCUUUGGGAUACUGAUUUAUAAAGAGCGGUUUCCAUACAGCUUUGUAUGAUCACAACUUUUCAAUAAAUCUAUACCUGUUGAGAGAAA